CCAUGUUGAGAAAUUCUCUAUAUCCAGAGAGCAACAGCAGGAAGAUCACAGAGCUAAGAGGUCUCACCACUGCCCACAUUGUGAGGAGAUUUUCCCAUUUCUAUCAAAGCUAAAAAUACACCUAAAAAUACACACAGGAAAGAAUCUGUAUUCCUGUACUGACUGUGGGAAGGAUUUCACAAAAUUAAAGGUUCUGAUAGUUCAUCAGAGAAUGCAUGAACGGAUACAUACAGGAUUGAAGCCUUACUUCUGCUCUGACUGUGGAAAGAGUUUCUCUCGCCUGGGCACCUUAAAAAGACAUGAACAUAUACAUACAGGAGAGAAGCCUUACUCCUGCUCUGACUGUGGGGCAAGUUUCUCUCGACUGGGCCACCUAAAAACACAUGAAGGUAUACAUACAGGAGAGAAGCCUUUCUCCUGCUCUGACUGUGGAAAGAGUUUCUCUAGACCAGGCCACCUAAAAACACAUGAACGUAUACAUACAGGAGAGAAGCCUUACUCCUGCUCUAACUGUGGGAAGAGUUUCUCUCUACUGAGCAACUUAAAAGCACAUGAACGUAUGCAUACAGGAGUAAAGCCUUACUCUUGCUCUGACUGUGGAAAGAGUUUCUCUCGACUGGGCCACUUAAAAACACAUGAACGUAUACAUACAGGAGAGAAGCCUUACUUCUGCUCUGACUGUUUAAAAUGCUUCACAACAUCAAAUGACCUAAACGUUCAUCAGAGAACACACACAGGAGAGAAGCCUUACUCCUGCUCUGAUUGUGUAAAAUGCUUCACAACAUACUCUGGUCUUGAAAGUCAUCAGAGAACACACACAGGAGAGAAGCCUUACUUCUGCUCUAAUUGUGUAAAAUGCUUCACAUCAUCAACUAACCUAAAAAUUCAUCAGAGAACACACACAGGAGAGAAGCCUUACUCCUGCUCUGACUGUGGAAAGAGUUUCUCCCGACUGGGCAACUUAAAAAGACAUGAACGUAUACAUACAGGAGAGAAGCCUUACUUCUGCUCUGACUUUGUAAAAUGAUUCACAACAUCAACUGAGCUAAAAGGAAAUCAGAGUACACACACAGGAGAAAAGCCUUACUCCUGCUCUUGACUGUGGAAAAUGCUUUACAACAUCAACUGAGCUAAGAGUUCAUCAGAGCACAAACACAGAAGAGAAGCCUUACUCCUGCUCUGACUGUGCGAAGAGUUUCUCCCGAUUGGCCACCUUAAAAACACAUCAAUGUAUACAUACAGGUGAGAAGCCUCAUCAGUUGUCUCAGACCAGCCAAGAUUAGUCACUACAUCACCUCAUUCUCAUCUCAUAAAGGAAGUGGUAACAGUGAAUUUGAUAACGUUAACACUCUAUUGUAAUCAUAUUUUUGUUCUCACUGUGUUAACUGUGCAGAGGAAAGGGAGCAUUAUAGAAUGCCAUUGGAAAUGAUCAUUCUCCAUCUUUUUUACUACAAAACAUAGAAACGCAUCAACAUGUACUUUAGCAUUUUAGCUAAUAAGCAACUUUGCAACAACAUUGCAUGACCAAAAGUAUGUGGACUCCUGCUCGUCGAACAUCUCAUUCCAAAAUCAUGGACAUUAAUAUGGACUUGGUCCCCCCUUUGCUGAAAUAACAGCCUCCACUCUUCUGGGAAGGCUUUCCACUAGAUGUUGGAACAUUGCUGUGGGGACUUUCUUUCAUUCAGUCACAAGUGAUGUUGGGCGAUUAGGCCUGGCUCGAAGUUGUCAUUCCAAUUCAUCCCAAAGUUGUUAAAUGGGGUUCAGGUCAGGGCUCUGUGCAGGCCAGUCAAGUUAUUCCACACCGAUCUCGAUAAACCAUUUCUGUAUGGACCUCGCUUUGUGUAUAGGAGCAUUGUCAUGCUGAAACAGGAAAGGGUCUUCAUCAAA